AUGCCUCGGGACAAGGAGAGAGGCUCCCGGCGCCGGGAUCGGGAUCGGGAUCCAUCCACUUCCCAUCGGGAUCCGUCCCCUUCCCAUUGGGAUCGGGAUCCAUCCACUUCCCAUCGGGAUCGGGAUCCGUCUGCUUCCCAUCGGGAUCGGGAUAACCCCGGCAGCCGCCGGCGGGAUCGGGAUCCAUCCACUUCCCGUCGGGAUCGGGAUCUGUCCCCUUCCCAUCGGGAUCGGGAUCGGUCCCCUUCCCAUCGGGAUCCGUCCCCUUCCCAUCGGGAUCGGGAUCGGGAUCGGGAUCCGUCCCUUUCCCAUCGGGAUCGGGAUCGGGAUCCAUCCCCUUCCCAUCGGGAUCGGGAUCCGUCCCCUUCGCAUUGGGAUUGGGAUAACACCGGCAGCCGCCAUCGGGAUCGGGAUCCAUCCCCUUCCUAUCGGGAUCGGGAUCCAUCCCCUUCCCAUCGGGAUCCAUCCACUUCCCGUCGGAAUCGAGAUCCAUCCCCUUCCCAUCGGGAUCGGGAUCUGUCCCGUUUCCAUCGGGAUCGGGAUCCGUCCCCUUCCCGUCGGGAUUGGGAUCGGGAUCGGGAUCCGUCCCCUUCCCGUCGGGAUCGGGAUCGGGAUCCAUCCCCUUCCCAUCAGGAUCGGGAUCCGUCCCCUUCCCAUCGGGAUCGGGAUCCAUCCCCUUCCCAUUGGGACUGGGCCAGCCCCAGCAGCCGCCGCCGCCUGGAGCAGCUUUACUUCCAUGGGCAGGACCCCAUCAGCUCCCAGGACAUUCCCAACUUCUGGAAGUUCUUCCAGCGCCUCCGCCUCUUCCAGAGCCUGCGACCGGAUCGGGAAGCGGCUCCGGAGCCAUCCCAGCCCCCCCCCGGCCUCAUCCUGCCCCCCCACUACGACCCCCGUUACCGCAUCAACCUGUCCCUACCGAGCCCGGAUGUGGGAUGCCGGGAUAACGGGAUCCCAUUGGAAUGCGGGUGGGAAUUCCGCUGGGCUCUGCUCCAUUACCUGCACUUCCAACAGAGGCAAAGCUUCUCCCGACUGCUCCGGAUCCAACGGGAACGAGCUGCCCUUCCCAUUGCCCGUUACCGGGAGCAGCUCCUGGAUGCUGUGGCUCAGCACCAGGUGGUACUGGUGGCCGGGGAUACCGGUUGUGGCAAGUCCACACAGGUGCCCCAGUUCUUACUGGGAGCCGGUUAUAGCCACGUGGCUUGCACCCAACCCCGGCGCAUUGCCUGCAUCUCACUGGCCAAGAGGGUGGCAUUGGAGAGCCUGCACCAGUAUGGGAGCCAGGUCGGCUACCAGAUCCGCUUCGAGAGCACUCGCUCCCCAUCCACCCGCCUGCUGUUCCUGACCCAGGGGCUGCUCCUGCGCCAGGCUCAACGGGAUCCCCUGCUCCGUGGGUACCACAUCCUCCUUGCCGACGAGGUCCACGAGCGCCAGCUCCAUGGGGAUGUGCUCCUGGGGGUCCUGCGUCGCCUCCUGCCCCAUCGCCCUGACCUCAAGCUGGUGCUCAUGUCGGCCACCAUCAACAUCCCUCUCUUCUCUGCCUACUUCGGGGAUGCUCCAGUGCUGCGGGUGCCUGGCAGGAGCUUCCCCAUAUCGGUCAUCUACCAACCCAUCCCCAAGGAGGAUGCUCCAGCACCGGGCAGAGCAGGGAAAUGGGAACGCCUGGAUCCCAUGCCCUACCUGAGGGUGAUGCAGGCCAUCGACCACAAGUACCCAGCCGAGGAGCGGGGGGACCUACUGGUGUUCCUGAGUGGGGUGGCUGAGAUUGGGGCCGUGCUGGAGGCAGCCCAGACCUAUGCUGCAUGUACCCAGCGCUGGAUCGUGCUCCCACUGCACAGCACCCUGUCUGUGGAGGAGCAGGAUAAGGUGUUUGAUGUUCCCCCUCCGGGUGUCCGUAAGUGCAUCCUCUCCACCAACAUUGCUGAGACCUCAGUGACCAUCGAUGGGGUGCGCUUCGUCCUGGAUUCAGGGAAGGUGAAGGAGAUGAGCUACGACCCUCAGGACAAGCUCCAGCGCCUGCAGGAGUUCUGGAUCAGCCAGGCCAGUGCUGAGCAGCGCAAGGGCCGUGCAGGCAGGACCGGUCCUGGGGUCUGCUAUAGGCUCUAUGCUAAGUCCGACUAUGAGGCUUUUCCCCCUUAUCCUGUCCCGGAGAUCCAGAGGGUGGCUCUGGAUGCUCUGGUGCUGCAGUUGAAGAGCAUGGGGCUGGGUGACCCCCGCACCUUCCCCUUCCUGGAGCCUCCCCCCUCUUCCAGCCUGGAGACAGCUAUAGGCUACCUGAAGGAGCAAGGAGCCCUGGAUGAGGCCGAGCAAUUGACUCCCAUUGGCACCAUCCUGGCCCAGCUGCCCGUGGAUGUGGUGGUGGGCAAGAUGCUGGUGCUGGGAGCCCUGUUCGGCCUGGCCGAGCCCACGCUGACAGUGGCAGCGGUGCUGAGCGUCCCGUCCCCCUUCCUGCGCCCCACACAUCCCAAUCCGGAUUGGACCACGGCCCGGAAGCCCCUCGAGAGCCCCUAUGGGGACCCGUUGACGCUGCUCAAUGUCUUCAAUGCAUGGGUCCAGGUGAAGUCGGAGCGGGGGGGCAGCUCUAGGAAGUGGUGCCGGCGCCGGGGCUUGGAAGAGCAUCGUCUCUAUGAGGCUGCCAACCUGCGACGGCAAUUCCAGGAGCUGCUUCGGGACCACCAACUACUGGAGGAUGCUUCGGAGCCAUCCAGCUCCAUCCGGCACCGGGAACGCCGGGAGCUGCACCGGCUCUGGCGUUCCCAUAGGGAAUGUGAGGGGCGGAAGCGGAAGCUGCUGCGGCUGCAGGAUGGAUUGGACACCUCCUCCGGUGAGGAAGAGGAUGGAGGCUCCCAUAGGAAAGGCAUCGAUAUCCAGGACGUCAAGUUCCAGCUCCGCCACGACGUGAGUGAGCUCCAGGCCUCAUCCAGCUUGGUGCUGGCCUCCUCCCAGCUCGCCCUGCUCCAACUGGUGCUGUGCCGGGGGCUGUACCCGCAGCUGGCUCUACCGGAUCCAUUCAAUGGCAGCCGUAGGGAUUCGGAGCAGGUCUUCCACACCAGGAGCAAGGCAUCUGUUGUGCCUCAUCCCACCUCCGUCUUCGCCACCAACCCGGAGCUGCUCCAUCAUAAGGAGCAAGGGGGGGGCAGAGGUGCUGAGGAAGGCCUGAGCCAUCGGCACCAGCUCCUUGCCUUCGUCUCGCUGCUGGAGACCAGCAAACCCUACCUGGUGAACUGUGUGCGGGUGCCAGCCCUGCAGGCUCUCCUGCUCUUCUCCCAGUCCCUGGACACCAACGCCGACUGCAGCCGCCUGGUGGCCGAUGCCUGGUUGGAAGUCAGCAUUCCCAAGGCGGAAGAGGCCGUGCGCCUGCUUUCCAUGGCCCUGCAGCUCCGCUCGGCUUGGGACCAGCUCCUCCAGCAGCUACUGGGUAAACUGGAACGGAGCCCGAGCCAAUGGGAUGUGGCCAAGCUGAGCCGGAGGCUGCUGGAAUUCCUGCAGGAGAAGGUCCCAUACCGCCUGCACCAGCUCACGGGGCUGGAGAAGCAGAACCUCUACGUUGGUCCUCAGCUGGUGAUGGCCUCAGCUCCCCAUCUCCAAGGGCUCUUCCCAGGCAUGGAAAUGAUCCCUGAUGAGGUGAAAGGAGGCCACAGGAUCACUGAUUUCCUCACCUACAACUGCCUGGCUAUGGACACAGACCUCUACAACAACUGCCUGCGGAGCUUCUGGACGUGUCCCCAUUGCCAGCUCCACAUGCCCUUCACCCCCCUGGAGCGCAUGUGCCAUGAGAGCUCCUGUCAGCCCCCCCCCGAGGCCCCCCCAGAAGAAGCAACCCAGAGCUCAUCCAAGGCCUCAUCCCUCCAUCGACCCUAUCACUGUCCCAUCUGCCAGCAGGAUUUCACCUUCACCCCCACUGAGAUCCUGCGCCACAAGAAGCAGCAUCACUGAGCGGGGCUGGAGGCCUGGAUCCCCUUUAUCCCAAAGGGAAUACUGGGAAACACCCCCCCCAUCCCAUCCCAUCCCAUCCCAGCCUGUUGGUGACUCCAGUGUGGCCUCCCCUUCGUGCUGGCCUUAAUCCAUAAGGAAUCCCUGCUGGAUGCAGGGAAUUCCACUGGCAGGAAUCCCUAUGAGGUGAUCCAUUGGGUCGGGCUCUUCAUUCAGGCCUUAGCUCAGCACCAGCCCAGCCCACUUUGGGGGUAUGGGGAGAGCUGUGUCCCCCAGUUUAGUGAUGAUGCUCCCAGUGAGUCCCUGUUGCUAUGGCAACGAGGCGGGAUGGAGAUGCUCCUGCCAUGGCAACAGCCAUCAGCUGGCUCUGGCUUUGCUGUUGUAGGCUAUAGGAGCCCCAGCUCUUUGCUGGAUCCCAUAGGAUGGGGUGGGAUGGAAGGACCUUAGGAUGAUCCCAGUUCCAAGGGCUUCCAAGGAAGCUGCAAUGGUUCUGCUUUAGGCUGGGCUCAGGAGGUCACCUAUGGGAUGGCGCUGGCCUCCCAUCCACUUCAAGGAUGUGCCCUGGGGAUGGUGGG